CUCGGCCCCGCCAGCGACCGGCGCAUGCGCGCCGAUCCGGGGCGAGAGCAGCCGGGCGCUUGCGUCGAGGCGGUUGGGAAAUUCAAACGCCAACGGUGGGAGGGAAUAGACGGACGGACGGCCGGCCGCCCGCUCCCCGCCAACGGGCGCACAGAGCGGGGGCACAGGCGCGCACCAUGGCGGCCGCACAACCACCCAUCGAGGAGGCGGGACUGAACGGUUCCUGGGUGGAGUUGCACAUAAAGAACAAUGGGAAUGGGAAUGAUAACGGCACCGGGCGAAAUGGAGGGUUGGAGCAUGUGCCCUCAUCAUCCUCCAUCCAUGAUGGAGAUAUGGAAAAAAUCCUUUUGGAUGCUCAGCAUGAAUCUGGUCAGAGUAGUUCACGGGGAAGUUCCCAUGCUGACAGUCAGUCUCGACCCCAAACACCUCAGAUGACUCAAGCAGUCUUCGAAGUAGAGCCACAAGGCAGCAGAGACAACAGUUCUCAGUCUGAAGAUGAUGGUUUGGAACGAGAUCGAGAGGUGGAAGUUAUGAUGAAGAGGAGUGCUGAAUGGAUUUCUGACUGGUCAAGUCGACCUGAAAACAUUCCUCCAAAGGAAUUUCAUUUCAAACAUCCUAAGCGUUCAGUCACGCUCAGUAUGAGAAAGACUGCAGCAAUGAAGAAAGGAGGAGUAUUUUCAGCCGAAUUUCUCAAGGUCCUCUUUCCCUCCCUGCUUCUAUCACAUAUUCUGGCUCUUGGCCUCGGGAUCUACAUUGGGAAAAGACUGACAACUUCAUCAUCCAGCACCUUCUGAGAGCCAGAUUCAGACUUAAACAUGACCUGUGAAAGUGUGUGACUGUUCCAUCAGUACAUUUGAAUUGGAGGAAGAAAAAUACCCAUCACAAGCACAAGACAUCCCAUCUCAUUACAUAUUUCCCUUUGUUACUUUGUAGAAAAUGCUUUCCUGAGCACUAACUGGACUCUUCUCUUGCACUCAACUUUGACUUGUUAAGCAAGCUGUGUACCAUGUGACAGCAGCCCUAAUAAGCUUUAACUAACUGUUUGCAUCAGUGUGAAGUAGAUUCACCAGCAAACACCCUUGAAAAUCUGUCCAAUGCAUCUUUUAGUGCAGCCAUUUCAGAUUAGAUUAUAAAAUAGCACAAUUUAUACACAGCACAAGGUGCCAGUUGGGUUGGGAGAAGAAAGGAUUGGUGCACAGCAACAUUGAACUGAUUAAACCCAGUGGGCGAUGAAGUCUCACGUUUAAAAUUUACAAUCUCUUAGGCAACAGCUAAAUACUUGAACUAGCAAAUCAACAUAUUGUGUUGCUCUUGAAAUUAUUCCAGAUAGAUUUACGUUUUUGAUUGUAAUUGGCAUUAUUUUUCUUAAUCUAUUAAGUAUUCUCCCACCUAACCAUAAACCACUGCUUUCUUUACAUGCUUGAUGUUAGCUAAGAAGCAGCCAUGCAAUUUGGCUUUGACUCUGCUGAUCAAAGCAGUGUUUUUUUUUGGUUUCUAACGCUUCACAGAAACAUUUUCAGAAUUGUAAAGUUAAUUGUGAUUUUUGUUUAAAAAUUAAUUUUUAUAUCUGAAUAUUGAUAGCAUCUCUCUAAUUCAAGCACAUUUUUUUUGACCAUGCUGAACCCCAUCCUAUUCCCACCUGAUGUUUCCUCACAGGGUUCAUGGGGGAAAGAAGUGUGAGCUGAUUUCCUUGCUUUGCAGAUCCUAUUGCCAGCAAGUAUUGAGACCAGUUGUAACAUCCCAGCUAAGAUUUGGUAAGUCAGCCCAGACUGGUGAUUGUACCUGAAACUGAAGGAUCCAAAUUAUGAACCAUCUGGUAGGUAGAAUUCAGAAAGCUUGCCGUUAUCUGAGGAUAUGAACCACUGUCAACAAUGUAUACCUUGGGCUACAAAUUAUAAUUUCCAUUGGUUUGCUGCAUUUCAUUACAUUAACCUGCCAUGCCAUGGAUGUUUUAGCCUUUCCCUUAAUACUUUAAUAGGAAGAAUAUAAUUCUGGGAACUAAUACAAUUAAAACAACAGUGAGCUAUAAACUUUUAACUUUUUUCUCAGUUGUUUGUUUUGAGCUUAGGCACUUUAGUUUUUAACUUCUGUUUGGAUAAUACUUAGAGUGAAAUUUUAGAAGUUGGCUUUUCAUGUUUGGUACAUGGGUUUAAUUCAGCUAAUUCUGAUGGGAUAAACAGGUCCAUUUUCUCUUGUUUGUAAAAAAAAAAUUCUACCCCAAGUAAGUUAAGGCAACCUCAGACCAGUUCCCAAAGUGUCGGCACUUGCAGCACAAAAUUGCUCUCAAUUCUUCACUGAUUUCACAAUCCUGCUGAGAAUUGCUACCUGUUGAUUGGUUUGCGAAGUAGAAGAACAUCUGUGUGUCGGGGGUGCUUUGAGAUUGAAACAGUGUUGAAGAGCUUAAUUCUGCUCCCUGUUGUAGUGUAGCUGACUCUAGAUAUUGACACAGGAUGUCUGAUAUUUCAUUCCACUGCAUAACUAUCCCUCACAUUGAAGAGUAUAAAAUCUCCCUCCUCUAAAAUAGCUCUUUCAGUUAACUCAUGACAUUAAGCAAAGGUAUUAGAUCAUAUUGUCCAGGGCAAAAAUGAAGUUUUGAAAUUGACUUUUAUAAAGUUUUUUUUAAAGAAAGACAAGUAAAAUUUAAAAUGAAGUGAAUUUGCUUAAAUUCUCGUGAGAAUAUAUAGCUCCUGUGUAUGUCUAGUUCCAGUAAAUGACAACCGAGAAAGAUCCUUGUUUAAGAAUAUAUUGGUUUGAAAUGAAUGUUGCUUUUUUGUAGAGAAAAGAUAUCCUUGUCUGAAUGCUGUCUGUAGAAGAAGUUCAGUGAAGUUUCAAAAUGUAUUCUGUUUUCCUUCCAUUUCCAGCUUAAGAUCUGGACAAUUUGUUUUAAAUUUCCUUUCAUUGGAGGAGAUGGUGAUAUACCAGAGAAUCACUCUUUUAUUUUGUGCCAAUAUUACAUAUGUAAAAUUCUCAAGAAAUAUGUUUGAAUGCUAUCUUAAUUAAAGCAGAAGCUCAGGAUAUACUGAAACAAUCUUACAUUUUCAGAUAUUAAGAACACGAAUGCUGUAAUGUCACAAAAUGAAGAAACAAUUCACAAAGAAAAGGCAGUCAGCUUUAUGCACUGGAUUCACUGAAGAAGGGCCCUGACUGAAGCAGUCUGCCUUUUCUCCUGCAGAUGUUGCACAGUGCAUUAAGAAUAAUUGUUUUGUGCAAUACACGCUAAAUUGCAUAUCUGAUUGGGUCUAAAAUUUGUAAAGGUUAGUUGACUCCACGCGAUGAGAUUGUGACCAACAUAUUGUUUUCAGUGGGAGGUGGUGCUGAGGAGGAACAGUCCUCAUUUUAAAUUGCACUUUGAUGUAAUGGAAGGAACAUAGCUUUACAUGGCUGAAUUAAUUCCCCAUAUCCCCCCAAUCAACAAAAUAGUAGAAAUGACCGCACUUUGAUCUUUAACAUAACAAACCCUUGACUGACUCAAACCUCUGCAAAGUACAGGUAUUUAUCUGUUGUUUAAACAGUAACCUACAUAUUGCACAUUACAGUGUGUUUUGCUUGCAGCAGCCAAUAUGUCAAUCUGCCGCACUUAUUAAUGAAAACGUAACAAUUUUUAAAAGUUUUUCUUUAAUUUUUUUUGAAUUGGGGGCAGGUUUUCAAAAAUGAAUCUGUUGAAUUUAACUGAGCCAAAGUGAUUAUCAACACAUCUGACAUUUAUCUAGCUAGCACUUUGUAUUAUGUAUUCCAAUUAAUGUAAAAUUAGUAUCAUAACUGUUUUUGUGCCAUUAAACAUAUAAAUACAA